AAGUAUUCACUUUUAAAAGGGUUAACAGGGAUCAAACAGAGAAAGAACAGUCAACGAUUGAAGGACAAAGUGUAUUUCAAUUUGAAAUGUAUAUUUUGUUAACAAAUACAGAAUGAAAAGCAUGUGGUUUCAAAUCGCUGUGGUCUAUGCCAUCUUGGGUGCCAUAGAGGCGACAUGGGAGUCAUUCGGCCGGUAUCCCAGCUAUCAACACCAUACGUCGCAUUCAAAAGAUUCUCAUGGCUCUAAAAGCUCUAAACAUUUUUUCAAUAAAGGCUCUCGAACGAGUAAUUCAAACCAUGACUGGAAUCACGGGAAUAUAUUGAAUAAGGGACAUACUUUUAAUAAUGGGAAUACCUGGAAUAAGGGAAGUAUCUUGAAUAAUGGGAAUGCUGGGAAUAAAGUAAAUACAUGGACUCACGGUAAUAUCUGGAAUAAGGUGAAUACGUGGAACAACGGGAACGGUAAUGGUGAAAAAGGUUCUGACUCGCAUGAUAAAUCCUCAAAGGGACCCAUGACAAGUUCGAGAAAUUUUGGAAAUAGUCGGCACACUUCGCAUUCUGGAACUCAGUCAGGUAAAGGAAUGUUUCAUAGCUGGGCGGAUAAAUUCAAAGGAAUCGGAAAUACAUGGCUUCGUUCUAAAAUAGAUCAGUAUAAGAAUAAAUACACAGACAUGAAAAAGUCACCUGAAAUACCUCCCGCAACUAAUCAUGAUGAAAACAGUACUGAAGAGGAGUCUAAAUCAUCAGAGCAUCAAGAGUCCGAACAAUCUUCCAGUAAAGUCAAAACUCACAAAAGUGAAAAAGAUAAAUCGCACAAGACAGAUAUGGAAUCUUCAGCGGGAUCAAAGGAUUCUGGAAAGUCUAAACACGAUGAUAAAAGUAAAAGUAAAUCUGCGAAGUCAGAUAAAAGUAAAACAGGAUCUAAGAAGUCCGACCACUCAUCGCACAAGUCGAAAGAAUCAAAGGAAAAGUCUAAACACGAUGAUAAAAGUAAAAGUAAAACAGGAUCUAAAAAGUCCGACCACUCAUCGCACAAGUCGAAAGAACCAGAGGAAAAAGUAUCGCAAAAGAGUUCACAUUCAGCUUCCAGACCUUCAUCACAUAAAUCUAGUUCUAAAGACAAAUCUGAAAAUUCGAAGUCUAAAGAGUCGUCUAAAUCCUCAUUGAAAUCUAAAAGUUUAGAAAAAGAAAAAUCUAAAAUGACGAAACAAACGUCGUCAUCGCACUCAAAAGGAAUCCAAUGGCCGCCAAAGGAUGAAAGUAAAUCAUUACCCUGGCCUCCAAAAGACAAAAGUCAGGGAAACCAAUGGCCACCAAAAAGUAAAAGUAAACCAUUUCCCUGGCCGCCGAAGGAAAAAAGUCAAGGAUUCCCAAGGCCACCAAAGAAUGAGAGUAAACAAUUUCCCUGGCCACCAAAGGACAGAAGCCAAGGAUUUCCAUGGCCGCCGAAGGAUAAGAGUAAGCAAUUUCCGUGGCCACCAAAGGACAAAAGUCAAGGAUUUCCAUGGCCACCGAAGGAUAAGAGCAAGCAAUUUCCGUGGCCACCGAACAGUAGGAGUAACGAUUCAAAGGAACAAUCUGAUGAAAAGAGUACAAACAGUUCGUUGCCGAAAGAUGAUAACAAUAAAAGUGUUCCGCCUAGAGAAAACAAAACAGAUAACUUCCCGAACAAAAGUGAAGAAAAAUCAAAUGGUAAUCUUCCAUUUCCUCCCAGAAGCAGUAAAGAAAGUGUUCCUUUUCAACCAAACGAAAGCGGUUCUACGAAAGAAAAAUCGUCAAUUGAACCUAAAUCGGAAGAAGAAGAAUUGCCAAGAUUUGGACCAACUCUUAAACCACCCUACAAGAAACCGAAAGUUUGUAAAAAGGUCACGCCAUCCUGCUGUGUGGGAGGGGCAGUUACAAUAGAUUUAAACAAAGCUAGAGGCAAACAGAGCAAAACAGGAAGCGUUGAUGGUGUGAGUGUUCUUGGAAUUGAGAAAGGUCAAGGACAUAACAAGAAGCACGCAUGUAGUUCAAGUGCCCUGAUUAUGGUAGACUUUGACAAAAUAGACAACACCGGAUGCUUCCGUUGCCUGGAGGCGCCAUACUGCGGUAAACGCAUGUUGAAAAUCGAACUGAAAUUGUCAAAUGGAAAGAGAAACGGCUGGCUGUUCAAUGUUGGUGACAGUGAUUCAAAUAAUGGUUACAGGGGUGACAGUGAUGACCAGAUGAAUGAUGCGGAGACACAAGCCCUCUUCCCAAACAUCACAGUCUACCCGAGCGACAAAUGUCCCACAAUCAACAGCUUGAUGCAUAUAGUUAAUGCUGUGGGCCACCAUGUUGAAACAGUCACAUUGUACAUCAGCAAUGAGCACAUCAAGAUCACCAAUGACGACGGCUUAAACUUCAAGCUUUGUCAUAAAUGUCUGUAUGCGUUAAAUGGGCAGCCAGACAGUGGGCCUAAUCGUGGACCAAAUGAGAGGAUUUGUAUCGGGCUAAAUAGAGUUGUGAAGGAUUUAUCCCGCACGGGAUACGGAAUUUGUUCUGCCACGUUUUCGUGGGAAUGUCCUUGGUGUAACUAAGAUUCUAGAUUACUUUAUAAUAUGAUUAUAAUAUGAUAACUAGUAGUGACUUAUUGUUUUCUGUAAUUUCCUGUAUUUUUAUGUGUGAAUAAUUAUAUUUUUGCUUCUGUUUACUUCUGGUAUGUUUAUGAGUGCACUUCUGUGCAUCUUAUGAAUGUACUACUCUCUUAUCGUAUGAAUGUACUACUCUCUUAUCAUGUGAAUGUACUACUCUCUUAUCUUGUGAAAGUACUACUCUCUUAUCUUGUGACUGUACUACUCUCUUCCAAAGUUGCAAUC